CUCCCUAGGUGGUUGGCGGGACGUGGUAGAAUACGGAUCGCCUCCCGGCGCUGAUCUUGGCUUUGAAAUUCCCGCUCCCACGCACCUGAAGCUCAGGGUCUUAAGGCUCGUCCGCAUUCACUGCCUAGGUUUCCCCUUCUGAGCAAGGGUUUUGGGGGGAGGAGACCAUGUCCACAUCUGAGUUUCUCCCCGGGGUCCAGGAAGCCCCCUCAGUCCCGGAUUAGAAAGAGAAGGCGAUGCCCUAAUUGUGACUGCCUUGUGAGAGGGCAAUGCUAACCCACAAGUGCGGGCUUCAAGGAGACUCUUUUUACCUUAGCCAGGGCCAAGCCCUUUCCCCGAUCCCCUACGCCUCGGUUCCUCUAGGUUUUCAGUCUUCACACACCCUCCCCUCCGCUAUGCCUGAACCUUUAUAAUAUGACUUCCAGUUCCUGAUUUUUGAAUGAAUGAGUGGCUCCUGGCAGGAAGAAAAACUGGAGGCAGGGAGGUAUUUCAAGCCCCUGGUCUCAGUAAACUGCUUCUUGGAGCAACCUUGACUGGGAAACCAUAGGGGAGGAACGUGGACAGUGUCGGAGUCUGGUCCCCUCAACAAGGACACCUGUCAGGGUGUCCCCUCUGCAUUCUGGGUCUCCGUUCCCGCUCUGCCCGGUGGAAAGGGAACGGAAGCCUAGACAGGCCCUGCCUGCAUUCCCAUGUGGAGACUCUGAGUCAGCUGUUCCUAAGUAUGGAAGCUGACCAUUGCCUUUUUCCAGCUUCCCAGCACACGCAUUGGUGGUGCUCCUGCCCAGAAUUUACGUGGAGCCUGGGUCAUGGUCCAGCCAGCUCCCACCCCAGCUAUGGACGAGGUUACCUUCAAAAGCGACACCGUUCUGUCAGACGUCCACCUUUACACCCCAAACCAGAGACACCUCAUGGUGCGGCUGAAUGGCAUGGGGCAGCCCGUUUUCCUGUCCCAUUUCAAGCUCCUAUGGAGCCAGGACUUAUUGGCAGAUUCGGGGGUUGAUGGUGGAGUCCACAGGGAUAUUCACACCGAAGGGACUCUGCCCUCUGGGACAAGCCCCCCAGGAUCCCCUCCAGGGAGUGAGCACGGUCAUGAAGAUUUCUGCCUCCAGACUGGAGUGCACACCGCUGGCCAGGAAGGGGCAGGAGCCCAGCUGGACGAGGAUGGGGACUUGGACGUGGUGAGAAGACCACGGGCUUCCUCUGAUCUCGACCCAACUAGACCUUCAAGAGACAAGGUACACCCCGUGAUUCUCAGACAGGAAGAAGACGAUGUCACGGGAGAUGAAGCACAAGAGAGCAGCCUCUGCAGUGUCAUCAGAAUAGAGCACACCAUGGCCACCUCCCUGGAAGACGUUGGCAAGCAGGUGUGGCGGGGCGCCCUGCUCCUGGCGGAUUACAUCCUGUUCCAACGGGACCUCCUCCGGGGAUGCACCGUGCUAGAGCUCGGGGCAGGCACGGGGCUCGCCAGCAUCGUCACAGCCACCGUGGCCCAGACCGUGUAUUGUACAGAUGUCGGUGCCGAUCUCUUAGCCAUGUGCCAGCGAAAUGUUGCCCUCAAUGAUCACCUGACUGCUGCCAGAGGUGGAAUAGUCAAGGUCAGAGAACUGGACUGGCUGAAAGACGACCUCUGCACAGAUCCUGAGGUCCCCUUCAGUUGGUCAGAAGAGGAAAUUUCCAACUUGUACAAUCACACCACUGUGCUUCUUGCAGCUGAAGUGUUCUAUGAUGAUGACUUAACUGACGCCCUAUUUAGAACAGUCUACCGACUCACUCACAAACUGAAAAAUGCCUGCACAGUCAUCUUGUCGGUGGAGAAGAGGCUGAACUUCACGCUGAGGCACUUGGAUGUGACGUGCGAAGCCUACGACCACUUCCGCGCCUCCCUACACGCACUGGAGAAGCUGGCCUCCGGCAAGGUGCGGUUCACAGUGGAGCCAGUAGAAGCUGCCUUCCCACAGCGCCUGGCCUACGAGCGCAUCCAGCAGCUGGAGCUGUGGAAGAUCAUUGUGGAGCCAGUCACGUGAUGGGGCGCGUCGACAAGGCCCGGCUUCUCCCAUAGAAGUGGCGCUUCUCCAUUGUUCUUGUAAUACGCUUCCAAUAAAAUCAAAACCUCACCAAAGGAACUUGCCUGAGAUUUUGUCACUUUAAUUAAAGGAUUUACCUUAAUGUACCUUAAAUGACCCAAGAGGGCUCUCUGGGGUAUGGUGUUACUUCCCAAUAUCUGCCAGAGAGUGGGCCUGGGAGUCGGUUAAGUUGCCUGCAGUUUUUUUAUUUUAUUGUUUAAUUGUAUUGUGUUAGAAUAUAUGUAAUAACAUUUGCCAUUUUAACCAUUGUUAAGUGUACAGUUCAGUGACACCAAUUACAUUCACCAUCCCGUGUGACCAUCGCCACUCUCCAUUUCCAAAUGUUUUUACCCUGUCAAACUCAGUGCCCCUUCAGCAGUAACUCCCCAUUUUCCCUUGCCUCCAGCCCCAGUUAACCACUAAUAAACUUUUGUCUCUACGCACUUGCCUAUUCUAGGUAUUUCACAUAAGUGGGAUCCUACAAUAUGUGCCUUUUGU